GCUUUAGGAAAGUGACCAAGCGCUGAUGUAGGGUUCUUAGAGAGGAGAACAGUGAGAGCUGUUUUUAGUGUUUUUCACAAAGGACGAGUAGACCAAAGACAAAACACCUCUCCAAGAUGCUUUGCCAUGUAACUCGACCGGAUUCGGUGGUAAUGGAGAUUGAAGUGGAUGCAAAGGCGAACGGAGAAGACUGUCUGAAUAAGGUAUGUCGGAAGCUAGGAAUCAUAGAAGUUGAUUACUUCGGGCUGCAGUUUUCUGGCAGCAAGGGAGAAAACCUGUGGCUGAACCUGAGGAACAGAAUCUCCCAGCAGAUGGACAAUCUCACACCCUGCAGACUACGACUCAGAGUGAAGUUCUUUGUGGAGCCUCAUCUUAUUCUGCAGGAACAGACGAGACACCUGUUUUUUAUGCACGUGAAAGAGGAUCUUCAUCGUGGACAUCUGCGAAUGUGCUCCGAACAAGCCGAAGUGCUCAGCGCCCUUCUCGCCCAAGCCGAGUUUGGUGACUACAACCAGAACACAGCCAAGUACUGGUACACAGAACUCUGUGGCCAAGAGCCCAACCAGGCAACCAUCAACAGUAUCAUAGCCAAGCACAAGGCUCUGGAGGGAUUUAGUCAGGGCUCAGUAGAGUACCAGGCCCUGCAGCUGGUCUCAUCACUGGAUCAUUAUGGAGUGGAGUGGCACUGGGUGCGGGACGCAGAGGGACACAAGUUGGCGAUCGGAGUGGGGCCAGAGGGCAUCGCUAUCUGCCGAGAAGACUUCACCCUGGUUAACAGGAUAUCCUAUCCCAUAAUACAAAUUGCCACGCAAUCAGGGAAGAGUGUGUACUUAACAGUCACCAAGGAAACCAGUGACAGUGUGGUUCUGCUGUUCAAGUUGAUCAGUAAUCGAGCAGCCAGUGGACUGUACCGGGCGAUCACCGAGACACAUGCCUUUUACAGAUGUGACACGGUGACAAACGCGGUCAUGAUGCAAUAUAGCCGGGAUUUCAAGGGUCACCUGGCUUCACUUUUCCUUAAUGAGAAUAUCAACCUGGGCAAGAAGUAUGUUUUCGACAUCCGCCGCACCUCUAAGGAAGUGUACGACUAUGCCAGGCGCGCGCUCUACAAUGCUGGUAUCGUGGAAAUGAUGUCGAGGCCAGGCGAGCGCACCCCUUUAUCGCGCUCGCCCUCACAUGACCAGGAGGGGCUGCUUGACUGCGGAGGCUGCCAGCAGAGUCGCCUGCUGCAGGAGAAGCUGCAGAAACUGCGGGAGGCACUGCUGUGCAUGCUGUGCUGCGAGGAGGAGAUCGACGCCGCAUUUUGCCCCUGCGGUCACAUGGUCUGCUGCCAGAACUGUACUGCACAGCUGCAGUCGUGUCCAGUGUGUCGGUCAGAGGUGGAACACGUCCAGCACGUCUACUUGCCCACUUGCACGAGUCUGCUCAGUCUGACCAUCGCUGGUGACAACAGCCCCGAACCUAUCCACCGAGUAAUGGCCACCCACACCUGCACUACCAAUGACUACUCCACCAGUGAGAAGAUGUACCAAAACUAAGCUUGCCUACCGGUCUUCCCUGAGACUUUUAUUAGAUAUGACUCCGUGGCCGACUAAGAGUCGGAACACUGUGAUGGUCGGGUCACUUGGAAAUGUUGUUUUUGAAACCAUUGAUGGACUUUGUUCAGUCUUUGAUAUUUGUUUGUCAUGUUACUGUUUGUCUCUUAAAUUAAUUUCAUCAGUUGAUCUGAUAAAGGUUUCUUUUAAAAAAAUAUAUCUAUAUACAUCUAUUUUAUUUUUAUUUUUUAUAGAACUUUUCCAUAGCAUGCUGCAAGUUCAAACUGACAUAUUUGCCUCAUAACCUGCCCAAAUCUGUUUUAAGCAACGAGGAAUUCUAUUGUUUAGGAAGUAGCUUUUGUUUUCCUAAUUUAAUUGAGUUUUACAUUGUGCUUUUAAUAUGCAAUAUCCACUUUUCAGUAUGCUCCUUUUGCAGUGGGUUUGAGUUUGUUUUAGGUUUGUUUUGAGGUCUUCGAAGUUUCCAUGCCAAUGACAAGGUAUUUAUGGUGAGGGGCGCCAACACUCGCAGCACUUUGAGUAGAGAGGAAGUUGUCAAACUGUAUUGUAUUGUAACUGUAAUGUAUUUCACUGUUAUGGUCAACAUAAGAUUUUGCUUUUGAAUUUAAAGGGUACUGAAUUGUUUUAUCAGUGCAAUGUUAACCAUUUAAAGAGUUUUUUUUUAUUUUAUUUUUUAUUAUUAUUAUUUGUUUACCUUUUUUAAAGCUUGUUUUGUGGAAGUUAUCUAUAGAAAAGUAUAAGACCAAUAUCUUAUAGCCACUGUCACUUUACCAAGGAGUUUUCUAUGUGUAUUGUUCCUAGGGGUUUGCCUUAAUGUAGCAGCAACACAGUGUGUUUGAUAUGCAUUCUUUCUUUGCACAGACUAUUAUUGAAAGAUGAAGAGAACUAUUUUCUUUACUGCUGACACGUUAUCAAACUGGCACAGCAGGGGAUAUUUUUUCAAUUUGUACAAGUAGGAUUUGUUUCUGUUUGUUUGAAGCAAAAACUAUGUGCUGUAAAUAGAGAAAUAACUCUCAAACAUGUGUAUUUCGUUGAACGAGAGAUACUAAU